AUGUACGCUAUCGCGACUCCUACCAUGGGAGCUAACUCGGCCGUCGCAGCUUCGUUUGCCUCCAUCUCCGGCUUACUUCUCGCUUCGAGCUCGUGCUUCUCUGCUUUACUUCUCGCCUCAAGGUCGGCGUGUUGGGCGUUACUGAAGACUUUUGAACCCGCUGGUUUCUGGCUGCGCCGACGCCGCCGAGUCCAGAACACCGCAAAGACUGCCAAGAGGACUCCGGUUAAGCCUCCAAGUACGGGACCGGCCACCCACGCUCUUGAAGACCCUCCACCCGAGUCUUUCCCGCCCUUGUCGGACCCUGUUGUCUCCGGCGGGCUCACUCCAUCGGAUCCUGUUUCCGACGGCAGCGCAUUCGUUACGGUCUCAGUUGAUGUUAGGGUUAUUGUGACCGUCGCAGGAUCGCCUUCCUCGUCCGUGGUUGUGGCCGUGAUAACACCCGUCGGAUCCGGCAACUUAUCCAACCCACCCGUAACCGUCAAUCCAAGCCACGUCCGAUCUGUCAUCGUCCGUGCGGUCGUCCAUGUGUAA